AUGAGCAACAGUGUCCGUCCCAUACAUACUGAGCUAUUCGGUCAAUAUUUCACAAUUCCAGAAAGUCCAAGAAGGAAAGGCAAGAGAAUUGUCGAGAGAAUUCCAUUUGCCAUUACAUCAAAAAAAUGUCAAGAAUUCUUUGAGAAGAAGCAACAGAUAAAAGAAAGAGAAGAAAAGGAAAAAGAAGAGAGAAAAAGAAAACAUGAAGAAAAAGCAAAUUUAAAAAAAGAUACUAAAGUCAAAUCGCAAAUAAAAAGGAAGCGUGAAGAACACAAAUGA